AUCCGCCUCCUUAUAGGGGGCGGGCGGCGGGCGCGCGCGGCCCAUUCUCCUCCUCAGCCUCACUGCUGGAGUUUGCGGCUCUUCCAGCCGCUGCUGUUCCGGCGUGAGUCCGGCGCGACUCCGGUCCGGCCAUGGCAGUGUGGACGCGCGCCUGCAAGGCGGGGCUGGUGGAGGUGCUGGUGCGCGAGCGCUGGGUGCGGGCGCUUGCCGAGCUGAGCGGGGAGGCGCUGGUGCUCAGCUCCGACCCGGAGCCCGUCAACGGGCUGCCCAACGGCGCCGAGUGGGGGAGCCCCGUCGCGGCUGCAGCAGCAGCAGCAUCAGCAUCCCGAGCGCGGAGCCCCGCGGGCAGCCCAGGCGGGCGGAGCGCAGCGGGCAGCGGCAGCCCGGAGAUGCCCCCCUCGGCGUCUGUCCACCCGCCUUCCUCGCCUCCCGGCCGGCCCUUCUCCCCUCCGCCGGGGCUGCCCGGUGGCGCGUCCUGCUCCUCCUCGUCGCCCCCGGGCUCCCCUCCGAGCGGGGUGCGCCGGGUGCGAGUAGUGAAGGCAGAGGCGGGCGGGCUGGGCAUUAGCAUCAAGGGCGGCCGCGAGAACCGCAUGCCCGUCCUCAUCUCGCGCAUCUUCCCGGGGCUGGCCGCCGAGCGCUGCGGCGCCCUCCGCCUGGGAGACGCCAUUCUCUCCGUCAACGGCACCGACCUCCGCGACGCCACCCACGAUCAGGCCGUGCAGGCGCUCAAGCGGGCCGGCAGGGAGGUCCUCCUGGAAGUGAAGUAUAUGCGGGAAGCCAGCCCUUAUAUCAAGAAGCCGUCGCUGGUGUCGGAUUUGCCUUGGGAUGGGGUAGCUCCGCAGUCGCCCAGCCUUAGCGGCAGCGAGGAUUCUGGCUCCCCAAAGCACCAUGGCGCUGCCAAGGACCGUAAGGUGAUCCCUUUGAAGAUGUGCUACGCUGCGAGGAACCUGUGCAUGCCGGAUCUGGAGAACAGGUUGAUAGAGUUGCACUCGCCUGACAGCCGGAACACCCUGAUCCUCCGCUGCAAGGACACCGCCACGGCGCACUCCUGGUUCAUGGCCAUCCACACCAACAUCAUGGCUCUCCUCCCGCAAGUCCUGGCCGAGCUCAACGCCAUGCUGGCCGCCAGCAACACGCCGGGGAGCAGCAAGGAGGUCAAGCACAUCGCGUGGUUGGCGGAACAGGCCCGGCUGGAUGGAGGCCGGCAGCAGUGGCGGCCAGCUCUCUUGGCCGUGACGGAGAAGGACUUGCUGCUAUAUGACUGCAUGCCAUGGACAAGAGAUGCCUGGGCCUCCCCGUGCCACAGCUACCCGCUUGUUGCCACCAGGCUAGUGCAUUCUGGCUCAGGCCGCAGAUCACCCUGCAUGGGAUCGGACCUCAGCUUUGCCACGCGGACAGGCUGCCGUCAGGGCAUUGCCAUGCACAUCUUUCGCGUGGAGACUCAUCGGGACCUCUCCUCCUGGACCAGAAUCCUGGUGCAAGGCUGCCACGCUGCUGCAGAGCUGGUCAAGGAGGUGUCUUUAGGGUGUGUCCUGAAUGCCCAGGAGGUCCGCCUCAUCAUCCACUAUGAAAACGGCUUCAUUAUUUCCAAGGAAGAGGCAGGCUCUGCCAGUGUCCUUUUCCGAUACCCUUUCGAGAGGCUAAGAAUGUCUGCGGAUGAUGGCAUCAGGAACCUCUACUUGGAUUUUGGGGGACCGGAAGGGGAACUGACUCUGGAGCUGCACUCCUGCCCCAAACCCAUUGUGUUUGUGUUACACACGUUCUUGUCAGCCAAAGUGACUCGCCUGGGGCUGCUCGUGUAGGAGGAGCCAAGGGGCCUUGGUGACAUGGCAGUGUCAGUGAACCACAGCAGUAGCAGCACCGAGUCCUGCCUCUGCGAUGUUCUCCAGCAUCAGUGCCUUGACCAAGACUUGUGAUUGGCAGCUGCAUUAUAGACACAAGGCCAUUGGAUGAGCUUUGGCUGGAUGCUGCGGCUCUUGCAUGAACUGCCUUCCUAGGAGAGAAGCAGCUGAAGGAUGGAAAGGCGGCCAAAGGAGUGAGAUGGGGGGGGGGAGGCGGCCAGGGAGGCUGCAUGUCAAUCCCCCUUGCCUGCCUCGAGUUCAGCAUUGCUCUGAAAACCCCACUGUCGUCUUGGCACCUUGCCAUUCAGGAUCAUGCCUCGUACGAAAGGCAGGUGAGAUGAGAGGGUGGUCCUGCCAGGCCAAUAGAGCAGCUCCUGACCUGGGGCAUUACAAAGCCAUUUCUCCCACAUCCCUUAUACCACUUGUGCCUUUUGGUGGAGGAAGGAAAGAGGAGAGCAGUCAUGGCAGCAGUGGCAAGCUGAGUCGUUUGCCUGGUUGGGCUGGAAAUGCUGUCUUGUUGGGCAACCCCGCCUUGUAGUUUGGGGGGAGCUUGUAUCUUCUGCAGGGGUCUCAAGAGACGGGCUGGAAAUGGGAGCUCCCCUGGUCCUUUCGUUCUGGCAGUUGGGAUGCUGCGGGGCUCAGCUCAGAUUGAAGAACUGAAGCAUAUGCACUUCAGAGCCACAAGACUCUGAAGGCCUGGACCAGUAAAGGAGGCUGGCUUUACUUAGUUCUAGGUUCCCUGCUCAGGCCAAACAGCGACAUUUUUGAGCUGGGCUGAGAGCACUGUGUUCCUCUGGGCGGGUGGGGUUUGGGUGCUGUGAAAUAUGGAAUCCCCUCGCCCCACCAGGGCUGUGGUGCAGAUCAAGACAGUGGUAAUGGGAAAGAGCUAACCUCAACAGGAGAAGGAGCAGCAGCAGUUUAUAAGCCAAAGCUGAGCAAAGAAGUCUGUGGUGAGGGUGAUGCUCCCCCCUUUCCCCCUUACGAAACGAGUGUCCCUUUCUCCUCAUUCCUCUCCACCUUACUACUCCUUCUCGGGGAAGAAGGAAUUCAUGACAGUGUGAAACAGAACGUAAUAGCCUUAUGAAAGGAAGCACUAUUCGGCCCCAUUUGUGGUUUUUGCAAAACUCUACCAUGUGAUGGUCACACACACCCUGAUCUUUGCUGCCAUAAAGGCCAGGGACUUUAUUUUUCAAUCGAUGGAACUGCGGAACAUGCAGCUAUUCCCAGCAAACCCAGCUGGGCGCCCCUCAUACCACAAGCCCAUUGCAGGGGUGGGGAGAAGCAUUGGGGUCAAGGAUAGAGGUUGGUGGGGAAGAGGGCACAGUAGAGCCGCAUGCAUCCUUAACAGAGUGGGGCUUAGCCUCAAGCAUUGCAGUGAUUGCCUAGGAGAUCAGAAUGGGGUCCAUUUGCCCUGUUUGAUAGCAUAGAAGCCUUUUACCAAAGCCCUAGACCAGCGGUUCCCAAUUCUCAUAACGAAAGCUGCCAUAGAGAUAUCAAAAUUUCCAAAAGUAUGGGGUCCAUGGUUUGGUUUUUGAAAAACAAGGAGUCUGCAGUACUUAGCUAUUUGGGAACCAGUCCCCUAGGUGGUGGAGCGGGACAGGGAAGACAGAGGGGAAAACCUUUUUCCCUGUUCAUAAUACACGCCCCUGAGAAUGCUUGAGCCUGAGGCUUUAGGACACAAGUAAAAGAGAGAUAGGGAGAGAGUGUGUGUGUGUGUUCUUAUGCUCCAAAAAAGCUCAUUUAGCCAUAGGGCAAUGCCUAAAAGACGCAAGUCAUACUUGGCUUAGCAGCUGGCCACGGACCAAAUUUUGCAAGAAGGGGGGCCAGGUGCUUCUGUGAGUUGCAGUUCCUCUGAGGAAGUAGCAUCCUCAGGUUUGGGAGGGACUGACUGGGAGGAGUAUCUGAUAAAAGGUUGUGUGUGUGUGGUGGCUCUUGUAUAAAGAGUGCUUAUUCCCAGCAAGGUGGCUUCUGCCUGCAAAAGUCCCAACCAAAUAUGUAGAGUUGCAGACUUGGUGUUUUGGCGGAAUUCUGAAGGAUGUGCUGUGGAAGAAAGGAAAGGGAAGUGUGGUCUAGUGUUGCGGGAGGUGGGCCUUGGAGACAUUGGAAGGGGCUACAGAUGAGGACUUCAGUCCCUCCCUAAAUCCUCUUAGGCCUGUGCACUUUUAUUCUGAUGAUGUCUCAAGGCUAGUCACAGCUUAACGGAGCUUUAUAAUUAAGCAGACAUCUGUUCUAUUGUCCACUAAUGGUCCCACAGAACAGUAGAAAAGAGCGUAUUUGUUUAGAGCCGUGGUUCCCAAUUGGUGGUAACCCACCCAGGGAGUCCGUGGCACCAUUCACAUAACGUAAGCUGCCGUAGAGCUAACAAAAAGUUCACAAUUAGAGGGGCCAUGGCUUGGCUUUU